AUGCACGCUGGAGUGCUGACAGCUGGCAAAGUUAACCCAGAUACAGCUCCUUUACCUCCCGACAGAAUACACAGAGUUGCAGCCUUUCAAAUAACUGGCGCAGAUCUGGCCGGUCCUCUUUCCUUACGUGGUGGGAGCAAAGCGUGGAUAGUUCUAUUCACGUGCGCAGUAUAUCGAGCAGUCCAUCUAGAACUGGUUUCAUCUCUCUCCACCGAAUCGUUUAUGCAAGCUUUGAGAAGAUUCUGGGCAAGAAGAGCAAGAGGUUCUACGCUAUACACUGAUAAUGGUACGAACUUCGUAGGGUCAGCAAAUUCUUUGAAAUCUUUGAACUGGGAUUUCAUUCAAGCCGAAUGUUCUUUAAUGAAAAUAAAAUGGUUAUUUAGCCCUCCUUCCGCCCCAUGGUACGGUGGAUUUUGGGAAAGGAUGGUUCGCAGCAUUAAAGAACUCCUCCGAAAGUGUUUGGGCAAAGCAUGCGUAACUUAUGAAGAGAUGUUGACUUUACUCUCCGAUUGUGAGGCUACAAUAAAUGGGCGACCAUUGACAUAUUUGUCAGACGAUCCGAAGGAGCUGAAACCUGUUAAGCCUGCUCAUUUCAUCCAAGGUAUUAAAGAAAGAGAAACAUUUGAUUUGGAUCUGAUUGAUUCUCAGCAUAUAUUGAAACGAGUGCGUUAUCUUUACACCUUACGAUCAGAUUUACACAAACGUUUCUACAAAGAAUACUUUGGAGAGUUAUUUCCAGGAAAGGAUGGCGUGGAGCGUGUGGCUAAAUUACGACUAGCCAGUGGUGAGAUCAUACGACCGCUUCAACGAAUUUAUCCUUUGGAGUUCAGCGCUAGUGACCAUCUCAUCGAGGACCACCAAGGAACUGAUAUAGCUGCUCAAAACCCAGGCCCUACUGCAGCUCUCGAGGAAGUAAAGAAAUCUCGAUGUGGUCGUCCAUUAAUUCCUGUUAAAAGACUGAAUUUGUGA